AUGUUCUUCCUUCCUUGUGGAAACAUGCACACACUCUUGGCUUUCUUGGCUUUGGCUGUGGUCCCGUCUUCUGGAUUCCACUUUGGAUUCCCAACUCCCACACCAACACUUCCAGGAUUCCCAUCCAUUCAACCAACUCCAAUUUCAACUUGUCGAGUUGCAACCGUUGGAAGAGCUAUUAGAAACGUCUGCCCAACUGGAUACACAGCAAUUACAAAUGGAGGAUGUUGCAUUGCCUCUCAAAUCAUCUAUUCUGGAUCUACUAGAUGGAAGAGCUACUGUAACGAUGUUUUCUACAAGGAUUACAUGACCCGUCAUUGCCCACAAACUUGUGGAUUCUGUAAGUUCACCCACUCCUACUUCCACUUGUCGAGUUGCUACUGUUGGCAGUGA